AUGGUCCGUUUCAAAGCAUGGCAUUGUGUAUUAAAUCGAAGCCGAUUUGAUGCUUGCAACGAAUAUGUUGAUUCAAAGUCUUUAGAAAAAUUGUUCAGAGUGUUGAGAAGAAUCUAUAAUGCCACAAAACUUGACGAGUUUAAUCAUUUGCUAGAAUAUAAUGACUUUUCUGAAUCGAAUAAGCAGCAUAUGUCACGACUAUGGAACGCAAAACCAGCUGAAAAUAGGAAAUGGGGUAUUGAUGUAGUGAUUGCUAAUACGAACAUUCGUAAAAGUUUGCAACCGAAAGUAUGGAUGACUGUUGACGAGUAUGAACUGGAAAUGAAUGUAGACGUUUUUGCUAAAUUAAGAUUGGAAGUCUCACGAGCUUUAAAUCAGAUUGAUAGCUGCACGAUUUAA